AUGGAUUCCCCAGAUGUUCGAGUUGUAGGUAUUUGGGGCAUGGGUGGUAUAGGCAAUACCACCCUUGCUGGUGCUAUUGCGCCAAUUAUUGUUGUUGAUGAUGUCAAUAUUUCAAGUCAGAUAGAAUUUUUAGUUGGGAAUCAUGGGAAACACUGUGGGAACAGAGCAUUUGUUACUCUCAUAACGGGUGGAGAUUAUGCAUGUGGCAAUCCAUUUGCUAUUAAAGUUUUGGGCUCUGUCCUUUAUUCGAGGAGCAAAGAAGAAUGGGAAAGUGCACUGGAUAAACUGGAAGCAGUUCCAAAAAAGGACAUUCAAAGUGUGCUGAAAAUAAGUUAUGGUGAGUUAGAUGAUAAGGAACAAGAUAUAUUUCUUGAUAUUGCAUGUUUCUUCAAAGGAUAUGAUGCAAAUUUUUUAGAAAGAAUACUUGAUGGUUGUGGCCUCUUUGCAAUCAUAGGAAUACAAAGUUUGAUUGAUAAGACUCUCAUAACCAUCAUCAACAAUAAGCUGCGAAUGCAUGAUCUGCUGCAAGAAAUGGGUAGAGAAAUUGGAUCUGCAAAAGUUGAAGGCAUAUUCCUAAAUACAUCUGAGAUGAAAGAGAUAAUUCUGAGCCCUGAAAUCUUCUCACAGAUGCAUAAUCUAAGUCCAGAGAACAUUGUUAUCCUUCAAAUGCCUAACAGCCAACUUGAGGAACUUUGGAAUGGCGUUCAGGAUCUUGGGAAGUUAAUAGAGAUGGAUCUUAGUCACUCUAAGCACUUGACUAAAAUCCCAGACGUUGCUCACGCUCCGAACCUUGAGACUAUAAAUCUUGAAUACUGUAUAAGUUUGCUUCAACUUCCUCCAACUCUGCAAUAUCAUUGCAAGCUCAGUUCUUUGAACCUGAGAUGCUGCUCAAAACUUGAGAAACUUCCAGAGCUAUCCAGGAAUUUGAAAAGAGUUAGUUUUGGAAGGAUCACUAGUAAUAUGGAUUCACUCAAAUCUCUGAGUCUCUCUGCCUGCGCAUCCAUUGACAUGUUUCCAAGUCUUCCAAAGGUUCUAAGUCGGUUAGAUAUAAGUGGAACCACGAUAAAGGCAGUGCCAUCAUCAGUAGACGAACUGUCUGGUCUAGUUAAGUUUUAUCUCAAAGGUUGCAAAAGGCUUGAGAGUCUCCCUACUCGCAUUUAUAAUCUAAAAGCUCUCACAUUUCUUUCUCUCUCUGUAUGCUCAAAAUUGAGAUACAUUCCGGAAAUCUCAGAGCCUUUGGAAAGUUUACGCUUCCUCCAUUUGGAUGAAACAAGAAUUAAAGAGCUACCCUCUUCCAUUGGAAAUCUAAAAGGGCUUAAAGAAUAG